GUAAUCACAAUCAAUUGUUCUUUCAUUCUAUUAGGUGCUUCGUGAAAUUCGUGAAAUGGAAAAGAUUCUGUGCGUUUUGUUCUUUGCCAUUGCCUUGGCUAUUUCUAAGCCAAUCAGCGAAGAAUCAAAGGCCGAGAUGCUGAAGAUACACGAGGAAUGUGCCGUAAAGUCCGGAGUUGACAGCAAAGAUAUUAUCGACAAGGUAUUCAAGGAAGACCUCGAAGACGAUGACAAAAUCAAGAAGCACCUGUUUUGCGUCGGGGAAAAAUUGAAAAUCAUUGACGACGACAACAAAAUCGACCGAGAAGUCCUCAAAACCCAGCUGCGCGAAUUUAUCACUGAGGAUGGCAAAGUAGACGAAAUCGUGACCAAGUGUGCCGUGGAAAAAGAUGAUGCCAAAGAAACCGCAUUCGCAGCUGGAGUUUUGACCAGCGAGCAAAAAAAGAAAAUCAUUGAUUUGGGCAAGGAAUGCCUAAAAGAGUCCAACGCAGACAUGGAUGUCGUGAUGGAUGCUGCUAAAGGCGUAUUCGCGGACGAUCCUAAACUCAAAAAACAAAUCCUCUGUUUCAACAAGAAAAUCGGAGUACAGGAUGCGGAUGGGAAACUCGUGAAGGACAUGAUCAAAACAAGAUUGACAGCUGUCACCGAGGAUCCCAAGAAAACCGAAGAGAUUAUGAAAAAAUGCAUGAUCGAGCAGGAUACGCCUGAAGAUACAGCUUUCGAAACGGCGAAAUGCCUGCACACGUUUGCACCAGAAGAAAAAGUUUUAGAAUGAACCAGGAAUUGAUUAAAUAAAAUUCGGAGUGAACAGCUUGUUGGUUGCAGAUAAUAUAUCAUCCAAAAAAUAA